AUGAAACACAAUCUGGUGUGUCAGACACCUCCCACUGUCACUGUUCAUGUAAAAUCGAGUGCAUCCAGAUCACAUCAGCAAAAAAAACUUACUAGAUUAAAGCGACCUGCUUUUAAAUGCCAUCAAGAAAAUUGUGAAAAAGGGGUUCCUAGUCAGAAAUAUAAAUGUCCCAAGGGACCAUGUCUGGUUAUUCAGCGUCAGGAAAUGACGGCUUUCUUUAAAUUAUUUGAUGAUGAUCUCAUCCAAGACUUCCUUUGGAUGGAUUGUUGCUGUGAAAUUGCAGACAAGUAUCUCUUGGCAAUGACUUUCGUUUAUUUCAAGAGAGCUAACUUCACACCAAGGGAGCAUACCAGAAUCAAUUUCUUUGUGGCUCUGUAUCUGGCAAACACAGUUGAAGAAGACAAUGAAGAAGCAAAGUAUGACAUUUUCCCAUGGGCUUUGGGCAAAGCCUGGAGAAAGCUCUUCCCUGACUUCUUAAAGUUAAGAGAUCAACUGUGGAGUAGAAUUGACUACAGGGCUAUUGUAAGCAGACGCUGCUGUGAAGAGGUGAUGGCUAUUGCUCCAACACACUACAUCUGGCAGCGAGAGCGCUCUGUGCACCACAGUGGAGCUCUGAGGAAUUAUGACCAAGUGCAGCUGCCCCGAGGACCCAGUGCUACUCCUACAGACUGCCAGCUCUGUGGUAAGAAAGGCAGAUUUGUACGACUCGGAUUAUCAUCUUCCUCCUCAUCUACUGACACUUUGGAGAUAAUAGAAUUACACUCAUCCCAGAAAUCGAAGGACACCUUUUCAACUGAAAAAAUGCUCAUCAACUCUCCUUCUUAUAAAGCCCAAGACUGUCAGAGCCCAUCCAGGAAAAGGCAACCCUGUAGCAUCCUGGAUCAAGACAAGUCCAUGGACUGGUUUACAAGCAAUGGAGAAUAA